AUGACUCUUCUGGAUUGUUCCUGCAUCCCACUAAAACUAUAUAAGACUAGAACACCCAGUGUUUGUGAAGUUGUCUCUGUGAAUCACAUUUCAGCUCAUUUUUCUCUUAUUCUCAUGGAAGCUGAAGGGCCUCACUCUCCAACCUCGAAGAUUGCAAAUGGACCAUGCAGUCUUAGAUCGUUGCAUGAUUGGAUUAUUCUGCUACUGGGUUCAUAUAUAAAGCAUUUUCGAUUUUGUAAGGUCCUCAUGGUCUUGCUUGUACCAAUGACAAUGAUUUUGAUUAGCUUAAUGAUGACCCUAAGCAGAGCUCACCCGUUUGUAAAUGCUCAGUUAACAGUGCAAUUUGCGUCAUCUCAAAAAAUUGAGUGGGAAGUUCCGUAUCGCCUCUUGUUUUCUUCAAGUAAGUGCGAUAAAGAUGGUGUUAUUCUGGAACUGGAGAAAGGAGUAGAGACGAAUCAGGCGGACUAUGAUAAGAGAACUGCGCUUCAUUUAGCAUCAUGUGAAGGAUGCACAGAGAUUGUUCACCUACUUCUUGAGAAAGGAGCCGAUGUGAACAUCAGGGAUCGAUGGGGUCGCACUCCUCUUUCUGAUGCUCGUAGCUUUGGCCAUGAAGACAUCUGUAAAAUUCUGGAGGCACAUGGUGGAAUUGACCCGGUGGGACUUGAAACUCCAGCUCCAUGUUGUGAAAUUCCCCACACUGAGGUAGACAUGAGGAAAGCAAUUCGUAUUGGAGAAGGUGCAUAUGGUGAAGUUUAUUUGGUUAAGUGGCGAGGUACAGAAGUUGCAGCAAAAACAAUUCGUUCUUCUGUUGCAUCUAAUCCGAUGGUGAGGGACAAGUUUCUACAAGAAAUGGGAUUGUGGCAAAGAUUGCGUCACCCUAAUAUAGUAGAGUACCUCGGUGUUUUAGAUUUAAAGCACUCUGACCGCAUAAUCUUCCUUGCAGAGUAUCUACAAAAUGGAAGCUUAUAUGAUAUAUUGAGGAAGAAAGGAAGACUUGAUCUGCUGACUGCAGUUUCUUACGCUUUAGAUAUAGCAAGGUAUGAAUUAUCUUCAUCAGCAUAAACCUCAUCCAAUAAUCCACCGAGAUUUGACACCUAGAAAUAUUUUGCAAGACGGAGCAGGGCGCCUUAAGGUCACAGAUUUUGGACUAAGCAAAAUUGUACAGGGAAAAGAUGCUCUUGGUUAUAAAAUGACUGGUGGAACAGGAUCAUAUCGCUACAUGGCUCCUGAAGUCUACUGUCGAGAAUCGUAUGGGAAGAGCGUUGAUGUCUUCUCAUUUGCUAUGGUUGUCCAUGAGAUGUUCCAAGGGGGGCCGUCGAACAGGGGAGAAAAUCCAGAGAUAUUGGCAGACAGACGAGCAUAUGAAGAUUCACGACCACCUCUCUCCUCAAUUCUGUACCCUGAACCCAUCAACAAGCUUCUUAAAGAAUGCUGGCACAAGAAUCCGGAUCGCAGGCCUUCAUUCGGAGAAAUAAUUAUGCAGCUGGAGGUUAUUCUAGAGAACUUGCAACAAAGAAGACUUCUAACCUGCAAUAGCUGUAUAAUUAUAUGAAAUUACAGCAGACUGGAACUCUGCUAAUAUGUGUCAUCUCUCUGUUGUUUCACAUUUACCAUUUAGUUUUGCUUGUACUCGUUUUUAUGUACCAAUGAUCGUCAACAUAAGCAAGACACUAUGUUUUCUAUGUUCC